UACCUCCUCGCCGUCCCGGGCACCCGGCGGUCGCGCCGCUUGCCUUUGUCCUCCUGGAGGGGAGAGGGUUUCUCCCUAAGGCAGCAGUGCUUUCCCAAAGUGCCAAAAAACUCGCCAUCUUUCCAUAAUGGUGGCUGUACCCAGGACACUCCUGCCGUGCCUUUGGCUCUUCGCACUUCCCAUCAAGGCAUGCUUAGCCCAAGUGACUCUACCACCACCACGAGGGUGUGGUAAGGACCUGAAUUCCAUCUACUACAACCUCUGUGACCUGUCUGUAGCCUGGGGCAUCGUGUUGGAGGCAGUAGCCAGUUUUGGGGUCGUGACCAGCUUUGUCCUCACGGUGGUCCUAGUGGCCAGUGUGCCUUUCGUCCAGGACUACAGGAAGAAGAGCUUAAUAGGGACUCAGGCUUUCUUGUUGCUGGGCACCCUCGGGCUGUUCUGUUUGACCUUUGCCUUCAUUGUCAAGCAAGAUUUUUCCACGUGUGCCUCCCGCCGCUUCCUUUUUGGUGUCCUCUUUGCCAUAUGCUUUGCUUGCCUGGCAGCCCAUACCCUCAGCCUCAAUUUCCUUGCCCGGCGGAAUCAUGGUCCCCGGGGCUGGGUCACCUUCUGCAUGGCUUUGCUCCUCGUCUUGGUCGAGGUCAUCAUCAAUACAGAGUGGCUCAUUAUCACGGUGGUGAGGAGUGACGCUGCAUCAAAGGACCCCUGCAAAGUGGACAAUGCUGACUUCACCAUGGCACUCAUCUACGUCAUGUUCUUGCAAGUGGCUACCUUUGUUGCUGCUUGGCCUGUCUUGUGUGGACGUUACAAGCACUGGAGGAAACAUGCCAUCUUCAUCCUCCUCACCACCUCCUUUUCCAUGGCCAUCUGGAUAGUGUGGAUUGUUAUGUACGUGUAUGGCAACCAGCAGGAAGGGGGUGUAACGUGGGAUGACCCCACGUUGGCCAUUGCUCUUGUUUCCAAUGCUGCUGUCUUUGUUUUCUUUUACGUCAUCCCUGAGAUUUCUCAAGUGAUCAGACCAGGGCCAGAGCAGGCUUACGAGGAUGAUGUGUACCCCACCCGGGGGGUUGGAUAUGAAACAAUUCUCAAGGAACAGAAAACUCAGAGCAUGUUUGUGGAGAACAAGGCCUUCUCAAUGGAUGAACCUUCUUCAGCCAAAAAGCCUGUGUCCCCAUACAGCGGAUACAACGGACAGCUACUGACGAGCGUGUACCAGCCCACAGAGAUGGCUCUCAUGCACAAAGGGCCUUCUGAUGGCCCUUAUGAUGUCAUCCUCCCUCGUGCCACAGCCAACAGCCAAGUGAUGAGCAGUGCCAAUUCCACCCUGCGUGCUGAGGAUGCCUACAUGUCACAGAAUAAGCAGUCAGUGGCACAGAAAGAUGGAAAGAGUGGACAGGCUUCAUCUCCAUAUAGCAAGAGCAGAUGGUAGAAGCCCAAGUCUUGAUUUCGGCAGGUCCCAUUCCUUGAGGAUGCCUUGCAAAACCUGCCUUCAUGAAGGAGCAUCUAUCUAAUUGGGGUGAAGCCUCAGUUAGCUAUUCAGAUUUCCUCCUGGGAGCUGAGACAAUGCAGUUUCUGUUUGUUGUACAUAACCCAAGUGCUCUGCUUGACCUCUGCUUUAGAAAAUCUGGGUCACUAUGCUGGGAUGCUCCUGUUGUUGUUUUUUAUUCUGAACAGCGGGACAUCUACUCUCCUUGGAGCCUUCAAUCAAGUUCUUCAUAGUUCCACCUCUGCAGUACAGCUAGCCAGAACUUUGGGAGCCUCUCUGUGUUUUGUUUUUAACCCAUACCUUUGAUGUACCAUACUGACUCAGUUGUAAGUGUCUCUCCUUCUCCUGCAAUCCCCCCCCUGGUCAUGCUGUACAAAUAGGCCUCUACUGAAACAGGUUGGCCUCUUGGUGGAUGGUUGGGUGCCUCUUCCUUUCCAUCUUAUUGCCAAAUCCCCCAAGGGAGUGCUUCAGAAUUGAGAAGGGUGCUGUUCCAGCUCUUCGUAGUGGGGGCUGUAUGGAAGCCAGUCUUUCUGGGGAGAGAGACGUUUCAUGUGCAGAAAGAACUCUUGGACAUUCACCUGAGCUGUGGUAGACGCUCUUAUGGCCCUCCUACCUUUGCACCAAGCCCUGGAGUGUGACAACAACGUGCUGUUCCCAGAAUCCGUAUUCUCUCCCCCCCCCACACACACACUGCUCCUGCCCUCGCAACACAAAUUAAGGGAGUGUAAAGACUUUAUAAAAUGCUUGUUGUUUUGCUCUGAGCAUCAACAAGGGGGCUGGCUCUGCCUUAUCUUGUGGGCAACGUCUCAACUGUCUCAGCGAUGCAGGAGCCGUGUUUUUGACAUGUUGGUGAAUGAUUUGGUGCCAUCCUCUGAUCAUGCAAGCGGCACCAACUGAUGAAGGAGUGGGAAGCUAUAAGGUGGUUGUGUUUAGUUUCCCAGGAUCCUCCGGUGGUACUUCCUAGUUCCUAUGCAGUAUGAGAAUUGUAGGAGCGACAUGAAGUCUGGUCUACAGCAGUUCUUUCUGUGGACCAAACGGUCCCUUUCUCGCUUCUCCUCUCCAUCCCCACCCACGCCACUCCCAAGAGCUCAGCUGGCCCUCUUGGUCAGAUGCAUGAAAUGUUCUCUUUGGUUGGUGGAUAUGUAUGUGUGUGGCCAUGUUCCCUGAGGAUGCUGGGAGGUGUAGUCCCACACUUCUGGAGGGCACCAGGUUGAGGAAUGGUGGUAUAGACAGAAGGGGAGUGGAGAAUGUAAUUAUAAAGUAAGGCCAGAGGGCCCCACAGGGCAAAAGAUGGGUGUGUCACAUAACUAUGCACAGUGUUCCCAUACUCCAGCAUCAAAGGAUGAAACUGUUGAAUUGGGAUUUUUUUCGCAGAUUUGACUCUUAUCAAGCUCAGGCUUAAGGAGAACUGGGAGCGGCUGGCUCACCACAAAAAAGGAAUUGUCCCUCUUUAGGCAUUAUUCAUCUUGCUUUACCUAUUCCUCAUCAGUCAGGAAUGGGACACACCCACUCUGAAUGUUUUACUGGAGCUCUUUUAUCUUUUGUGCUGCGUACACAGCAAUGUGACACACGUCUCUAUUGCUGGGCUUUCUGGCUCUGCCCUCACUUUGUAAUUAUCUCUCUCUCAACCACACACACACACACACGCAUGCGCACACACAAGGCUUCUUUCUGCGCCCAUGUGUAUAUCUGCCAAUUGAGGAUAACACACCUUACAUCUGGUGCAGGACAUCUGACACUGCUGUAAACCUGUUAAGCCUUUAAGGUGCCCUCAGAUUCUGCGUUGUUACAGCUGUUGUGGUUUUGCACUUCCCCUGCACACUUCUGUGUGUUUGGGCUAUGGCCUGAGCAGAGUCUUUAUGCUCCCACCAUCCUGAUGUGCCACCAUUUCUCCUCUCCUCUUGUUCUUGGAAGAAGGUGCUGUGUCUCUCCUGAACAAAGGCAGGGAACAGACUUUGGGGUCGUGAGGGCAGGUUGAAGCAAGGUUUGAAGAAGUGGGGUGGAGAAGCACUGCAUACGCCUAGCAAUGUGUUUUCAUCAGUCCUCUCUUGGCCUCAGACUGGUGUACUCAGUGCCUUUUGUAGACAGGCCAACUUGUAUCUUAAGUUCUCUGUACAGGCAGGCCGGCCUUAUUCCGGGGUGGGCAACUUGUGGCCCUCCAGAUAUUAUUGGGCUGCAGCUCUCAUGAUCUCUCACCAUUGGCUGUGCUGGCUAGGACUGAUGGGAGUUGCAGUCCAACAACUCCACUAGAGAGAGUGAUGUAGUGGUUAGAGUGUUGGAGUGGGACUGGAGAGACCCAGGUUCAGGUUCCCACUGUCAUUAAGCUCACUGGGUGACUUUGGGUCAGUCGCUGACUCUCAGCCUAACCUACCUCACAGGGUUGUUGUGAGGUUAAAAUGGAGAGGAGGAGGACCAUGUAUACAACCUUGGGCUCCUUGGAGGAAAAAAGGUGGGAUGCAAAUGUAACAAACAAACGCUUGGAGUUGCCCACCCUGUCCUCUACAAUGGAAUGGAAGGACCCUGUUGUGCCUCUGUGGGUCUGCCCCAUCUCAUUGUGCUCAGAAAUAUGAAGGGCCAACUCACCCAGACUGUGGCUAGUCAUGAAGAGGCUUGCACCAAGCCAUGAUUUCUGCCCACUCUAGCUGAGACUGAAGUUCUGCACCUUGCUGUUGCAUGCAUGCGUAUCGCAUUUGGGUGAGACAUUCUCUAUAUAGAUAAUGACGACUGAUGUGAUCGUUUCUUUUUUAUGCUGGCUGUGAGUGAAUGGCAGGGAGCGCUAAGGAGGGGUGUGUGUGUGUGUGUGAGAGAGAGAGAGAGAGAGAGAGAGACUGUUGUGUUUGAUCCAAGUGUUAUUUAAGUGGGGUGAGGGAAGGAAGUGUGUGUUCCUUUAGGACUUGGCUUUUUUAGCCCAGAGUUAUCUGACAAAUUAAAUCCAUUUUUUUCCUAAAUGUUGCUGCUCACUUCUUGCUUCCUCAUAUUCUUU